GCUUGGAUCUUCCUGUCGUGUUAAGCAGGAGAUCAGGGAUUUGCACUGGAGCUUGGAAGAGCUGAAGCAAAUCUGAGAUGGAAGAUAUGAUAUGCUUUGACGAGAAGAGACUAAGAUAUUGAAGAGGUUUUUGGAGAGAAAAGAGAGGAUUUGAGUUUUCUUUUGCUAAGAUUCUCUAAACACGAUAAAUAAUCUUUUGAAAGUCUCAAGAGGUUGAGCUUAUUUGUCAGAGAUAUUUGAACAAAGAUAUCUUCUUUGUAUCAAUACAAAAGCAUUUUGAAAAAGAAGACUCGAGAUUCUCAGACACGAUAAAUUUUCACCAAAUUUUCGUGCUCAUUGCAGAGGUAUAUCUCGUUACCAAACUCUUCUAACUUGCUAUUCGUUAUGAAGUCUGAAUCUUCAAGCACUCCGUGGACUUUUCAAGUCUAUCACACUCUGGGGAAUUAUUCCUUGCAUUGUUCAGAAGGAUCUAUUGUCUUUCCAAAUUUUCAGAAUUUAAACAAAAAGAUACAUCAUCCCAUAACUUCGCCUUUUAAGAUGAUUGGGCUUAUUGAUGCCUUUCAAGAUUAGGUAUCCACAGACAUACAUGUACCUCCUCUAUCAUGAUCGAAGAGCUGCAAGGCACUCUCUGUCCAUUGCCGGAACUCUUCUGCAUUUCCACUUUGCAGAGAUACCAAGCCUCACUAUCUCCUUGGAUAGUCUGAUUAGAAGAAUAUCUUUGACGAAAUCAACUAAAUAGAAGUUCUUUCUCUUGAAGAGACCCUAAAAUCUGUGGAGAUUUUACCUAGACCCUACUUUCUAGAAGUCUGAAAAGCUAGUUCAUAUCCUUGUUUAGAAUAGAACUAGCUCUCAGACACUCCUUCUUGGAUGUAGUUUCUGGUUAGUGAGCUUCACAAAAAUUUUGAGGCUUAUAGAGUUUUCUUAGCCACUUAUAAUCCAGCAUCAUGCUGCUAAUUUAAAUCAUA